AUGUUGGGCGUGAGUCAGCCGGGCAACACGCCCUCGAGCUUACGGCACUCGGCGAGCUUCUCGUGCUUGCAACGCGGCACCGCCGGCGAGGGUCAUCGCGCGAGGACCUCAACAUUGCUGCAACAGCCGAGUCUACAACUGAACAACGGUCAUCAUCAGUACACGUCCAGCGGCCAGGCGGCGGCAGCUGCGGCUGCGGCGGCCGCGCAUUGCUCUCUCCUGCAGCAUCACCAGCAACACUCGCGCGAACCGUUCGAUCCCGUCCUUCAGGACAGCAACGAUUACGGCUUCGUGCGGAUCCGACCACGGUUGCGCAGCACGAAUGCAACCUUGUAUCACGAGGAGGAGGUGGCGGCCGCGAAGAACGCCCUGAGGGAACAGCGCGACGCCGCGGCGUUUAGCGACCGAGAAUGCGAUUCCAACUUCAGGGACUGCCCGUUGAAAGUCAAGGAUCAUCGCGACCUCUCGCCAAAGGGAACGGCCAAGAACCAGAAUCCAUUACGGGGCGCGUUAAUCCUUUUUACUUCAACAUCAUCCUGGUGGAAGGCCCGACAACGAGAGGAACAGCUAAAUGCAACUAGCGGUGCCACUGCCGCCGCUAUUAGCGCACCGUCGUCAGAACGGAAAUGGUCAGGUACUUCGAUGGCGUCGCCUUCGAACGAGAGAAAGUGGCCGUCCUCGAUGACGUCGCCUACGAAUGAGCGGAAGUGGUCCGUGGGUAACAGCCUGUUGACGUCACCGUCGAAUGAGAGGAAAUGGAACAGAUCCUCGGUUUCAUCCACAUCGACGAACCAACAGGACCGGAAAUGGCGAUCCCUUGGCGCACUUUUAAGGACUCCCGUCGGAGCUAGCAGUAGCUCUCACGUCAACCAGAAUUCCCUCUCUCAUAACAUGAGCGUAUCCAUGAUGGAGAGUGAUCACUUUCGCGAGGAAUCGCGCGGGUCGAGCUGCAAGACGCGCUACCAACAACCGACGUCCUACUCGGCACGAGUGUCCCGUGUCAGUAGAGACGUUUACCGGGAGAAUGGAGAGUUUGGUCAAAUUGCUGGCAAGUCGAAGGUCAGUCGCAGGUUGUACCAAGAUAGCGAGCCGGUAAACGAGCUCGACGAGAGACACGUUCCGCAACGUAACCGACAUCAGCUGGAUGACCUCGAACAAUGCAGGAGCAUUAGAGAAGGACGGGACCAUUGCAGAGCUGCGGAACAGAGCGCUGUAGAGACUCGCGGCACGACCUCCACUACACGAUCGAGCCGCGCACAAAGCUUUUAUCUUCUGGAUGACUUCCUGCGGCCGCAGCCGCAGCAGCUGAGCAACAAGUGCAUGUUGAAUCUGUACAUGUCCCCGUCGCACGCCGUCAAAUGCGGCAACGAGCAUGGUAGGUCAUGCGAGGUCAGACAGGCGACCUGCCAGCAGGCGAACGUCAGCAGCAAUAUUACGCCGCCGCGACGCCACAACUCGAGCUCGGACAGCCUCGAAGUGGCGACCAGUCCGUUGCCGCCGCCGGUGCCGCCGCCACCGCCGCAUCAAGCUGCCGGUAAUACGCGGGACCGCGAACGGAAUGAGAACCCGAAGGAGGCGAGUAAGGACGUGUGCCCGUGCAAACUAUGCUGGACCAAUAUGCAGAGAUCCCUUGUGGAAGAGGUGAGUAGGCGAUCCAAAGAACAUGCGACAGAAAAGAAGGGGAGGAGUCCUGGAACAUUGCACAAGGAUGUCGGCGGUGCUGGUACGAAGGUCAGCGAGAAAACCGUCGGUGGCGUCGGCACGGCGACUCUCACUACGCUCUCCUCCAUUAAUAACGCAUCCAACACCGGCCGUAAUAAAAACAACCCCGUAUCUCAUGAGAAAUUGCCGUCUUUUUUCAACAGCAAGCGAGUGGACAAGACGGACAACAAUAAUGCGAACAAUUCUAACAGCACGAGCAACAACAUCCACAAUAUGCCGCUGCAUGAACCCAUCAGCGCCACUUCCCCCGAAGUAUACGCUGGGAGACUGCCCAUGACGCCCCAGGAGGCGGUCAAGUAUUACGGCUCUAGACUGACGGAAUUCGAGCGUGCCGAGAUCGAGAAAUACUCUGAGAUUUGGUACCUGGGUCUGUCGGCCCACAAAAUCCACGGCGAAGAGGUCUCCUCCCAGAACGGCGGUUACGACGAUGAAAACGGCAGUUACAACAAAGUCCUGCACGAUCAUAUCUCUUACAGAUACGAGAUCCUGGAGGUGAUCGGCAAGGGAAGUUUCGGUCAGGUGAUCCGAGCACUGGAUCAUAAAACGGGACAACAUAUCGCCAUCAAGAUUAUCAGAAACAAGAAGAGAUUCCAUCACCAGGCUCUCAUCGAAGUGAGAAUCUUGGAACAUCUCAGAAAGAAGGAUUUAGAGAUGAACUCGCAGCACAAUGUGAUACACAUGCUAGAAUAUUUUUACUUCAGGAAUCAUCUGUGCAUCAGUUUCGAAUUAAUGAGCUUGAACUUGUACGAGUUAAUCAAAAAGAAUAAUUAUCAAGGAUUCAGCCUGAGCCUAAUUCGUCGUUUCGCCAACUCGUUAAUUAGUUGCCUGAGACUGCUCUACCGAGAAAACAUCAUUCACUGCGACUUGAAACCGGAAAAUGUGCUGUUGAAACAACGGGGGAGCAGCUCGAUUAAAGUCAUCGAUUUCGGCUCGUCGUGUUAUAGUCACCAACGCGUUUACACGUACAUACAGUCGAGGUUCUACAGGAGUCCGGAAGUGAUUCUCGGUCUUACUUACGGUCCACCGAUCGAUAUGUGGAGUCUGGGCUGUAUCUUAGCCGAGCUGUACACGGGGUAUCCGCUGUUUCCAGGCGAGGAUGAGAUAGAGCAGCUUGCCUGUAUAAUGGAGGUCCUCGGUCUGCCACCGGAGCACAUUAUCAAUCAUGCCUCUCGUCGCAGGCUCUUCUUCGAUCAGAAGGGAAGUCCGCGAUGCGUGACAAACAGCAAGGGCAAGAAGAGAUGGGCAGGUAGUAAGAACCUCUCAAUGGCGCUUCGGUGCUCCGACAUUCUCUUCGUAAACUUCGUUAGCAGAUGCCUCGAGUGGGAUCCAAAGAAGCGUAUGACCCCCGACGAGGCGAUGCGUCACGAUUGGUUAACUUCGUCGUCGUCUUCGCACAUGAGCUCCUCUUCAUCGGCGAUAACUUCAUCGACGGUGAACGCGAGCGUGAAUACGACGACAACGAGCGUGGAGACGCCGCGGGAAUCCGCGCACGCUCCACAGACGGUGAGCGUGACUGUGAGCGCACCGCGGCAACGAGCAACGACGAUGGAGGACCCACCGUAUACGAUGUACCGAUUAUAUAAAGGUCGCAAGUAUGUGCAGAAGGUCUCUACAGGUACCGACGGCACCGAUAACGGUAGUGGCUUGAUGGUGAAGAGCAAGCUGAACGGCAGUGCGAGCAGUCACGCCCUGGCGAGCAGUACGCAGACAGCGACAUCGAGGCACGCAUCGACCGGCGACAUCGUUGCGAGUCUAGAUCCGAAUCUCGACGACUCAGGCACGUUCCUGCCGCCGAUAUUGUGAAGUCGGGUUUGUGCCAGCCACUUCUAAACGGGCUAUUCGCGUAUCGAUGCGACUCGCUCUUUACACUGUGUGCGUAGAUGUGUAUCACUCGACAUAUGUCAAGAGAGCGGGUAUAAUUAAUAAAAGACGCGUAUAGAACUGGCUGGCCGGUGUUACCGUUUCUUGAUGCCAAACGGCUAAUUAAACGCAGAGUCUCGGCAUGUAUCGAGCUAUGAGGCCAAAAUGACGAUCUGACGACGGGAGAAGAGCGUGCAGGCAUGAUGACGAGCAAUAUAGCAAUCGCGUGAUCGAUUCGCACUCCCGAGGACUCUGGCGAUCUAAUAUCACUCAGGUAAUCGUAUCGAACUCGCGCGCGCGCGCAUUAUCGUAGUUAUUCGCGGAAAAUAUAGACCUGUUAUAGGCCUACGAUGAUAAUACUAGCAAUUGUUAGUGUAUACCAAUCACAUUUCGACAUGGACCAUCGUACCUAUUUGGUUCGAAUGUUGUUUAUCUCACGCCUAUAUGAAGUGCACGAUUAACAGAUGACGAGAUCUCGGCCGUAGCUGUAAUAAAAAAUUAUUACAAUGGAAUAGAAUGCGUAGUUUGCCUUGCUGUCGACGAACUGUAAGACAGACGAUUCAUCGUCGAGUUGUGUAUUUUCGAUUAAAUUUUCGGUAUAAAAGCUCGUACAUGUGAAUGCAGUCGGAAGAUAUAGUAGCAUCAUAUUUUAGAUAACUACGCGAGUGCAAGCGGCGCGAUAUGCGUAUCGUGGCAACGACGAUAGAGGAGCUUAAUUGAAGCACGUUAUGAUCAAACAACGAUUCGUCCGACGUAUCGGAGAUUACCAUCGAAUUACGGUCGCGCCGAGAAGACCUGAGUCGUUUGAGACCUGUGCCGCCAACACACAGGGGUCGCGCGAUUAAUAACGAAGCGUCAAGGCGAAGAGAGUAACAUUUACAAUACGUGAAGCGUGCCCCAGUUUAACGAGGCCUGAGUAGUCUUAUUGUGAUAUUAAACUACCACUGUCUUACUUAGAUCUCUCUGAUAUUAAGAAGUAACGAUCGCUAAUAUAAUAAUUUCAAUUUACUAUUAAUCAUUAUUUUCUUAUUAUCUAUAAUAAUCGCUAUAUCGCUACUAUUACCGCAAAGAUAUAGCGGCAUACGAGUAACGAGGAUUAUCAUCGAUAUAAUGACAGAGUUAACACUACUCAUAUACGUAGGAAUGUACAGAUUUUAAUUACGCGUUUUUCAAGUCCCGGAGCAGAGCAGCAGCAACAUGCUGGUUACUAUGGAUACGUUAAAAAAAAAAAAAGGAGCCUUAUAAUUUUCGGUCAUUUUCAAUGAAUUUUUAGUGAUUCCUUAUUACACCGCUCUUCAGUCAUCAUUAAUCGUCUGCGCGACGUAACGCAUGCUUUAUUACGUUGAAAUUGAUUAAUGUUGAUUAACGCCCCGUGAGAUUUCUCUCCGCCUUCACAGUACUACCUAUUUACACGUUGCUCCUGGCAUUAUUCCCUGGCAUUAAUUAGCGAUUUAUAAUUUUGACGCGCCCUUUCGGAACCAUCACGAGCAUUUUGCGAUAUGCAGAGGAUUUGACAAAAAAAAAAACCUAUUGUAUAGUAUUAUAAUGUUAGGCUACUUUUAGACUUGGUAAUUGUUCGAUGUGCCCGUACCCAUUCUAAAGUUUCGCAAAACACGAGUUCAUAAUAAUUACAUUAUUAUGACGUUAGAAACGUGAGACGCGUCACGCUCCACCGUUUGCUGCUUUCGAGCUUCCACCACGGAACGUUAUCUUCCGUUUUUACAUGCUUCUCUAAUUCUUAAAGGCCCUAUUAUACGUACGACACCAUCAGAGGUCCUACUAAAACUGUAAUCUGUAUUUCAUUGUCACGGCCGAAAAUUGAAGCAGAUAUGUGAGAAUACUCGCAAAUUAUGAUCGCGUCACAAGAGACUGAAAUGAAUUAUUAUUUUAUAUUGCUAACGGAAAUACACAUGGCGAAAUUGUUCCUAAUGUUCGUUCUGCAAAAAUCGAUGUGUCGCCUUACUUUUAUUACACUUUUAGCGAGCUCGUUGAGUUCUUUUGUGAAGCAUAUUGUUUGAUUUUCGCGGAAAGUUAUCGAACGUCUCACGAUAAUCGAAACGAAUAAUAAACUUGCCGUCACACAAACGGUCUCACUUUAACCCAAGAAUUUUUAGGACAAUUAAUAUCGUACCAAUCUCGUAGUAAUAUCGCGCGACAUAAUCGGUGAAUGGCCAAUAAACGCGAGCGGAUGUAUAUUAUACUAUUAAGAAUUAUAUAUAUAAAUAUAUUAUUCGUAUGCGGCGAAUCUGCCCGAACGAACGACUGACGAAGUAGUGCAUAUUAUAUAUGAUACAUGAUUCUUACAACUUGUGGCGGGUUCGUAGCAGUCACUCUCGAGUAAUUACGUCAACGUAACGACGAUCAUCACGAAGUCUCGGGUAUGCAUUUCGUUCGAUUACUCCAAACGAAAAAAAAAAAAAAGAGAGAAAAAGAAAAUUUGACGAAGAUAAUGUCUAUGAGGCGACGAUUUCUAGGGAACGGGAGUUAUAUCAAAUUCUGUAUAAAGACGUGACUGUGUAUGUGUGUGUAUGCGUGUAUGCCUGUGAGAAAGACUUAUCUCGGAGAGAACAAAAGAGUGCGAGAAAGAGAAGGUGUGUGGCGUAUGGUUAUGUGCACACAUAUAUCUAUUACAUAAAUAUAUAUAUACCAUUAUACACAUGAGAUGAGGUAAUGCGCAAAACGAGUUAAGUCUAGGAUACGAUAAAGGACAAUUAGAAGAAGUGCGUUCGCAAAGAACACGCGCGACUCCGUCUACGGAAUCCCUGCCCCGGCACCUCGGAAAAAAAGAAAAAAAAUACAAAACACCGUUCAAUUGUACAGUCUUAAGUUUUUAGUUGUGUUCACUAUUGUAUACAGCGGGAUCAAAUUAUACUAUCUGUAUAAACUGGACGGUUGUAUAAAUCUGUGUGACGUGCAUCAUCACUUAUACAGAGACCAACACACGCACACUCGAUACGCGUGUGUCGCGCGUACGUCGUAAAGAAACAUAUGAGAAGCAUGUUCGUAUACUGCGAAAAAUACACGUUAGUGAUCGGCUUAGCCUGGCGUCAGUUACCUCGAUUCAAACUGGGUUUGGUCCUUGUCUUCUGGGAAGGACAGAGGGAUCGCUUAAACGAAUUAAAGACCGAUACCGGCAAAGCUGGGACUAAAAAAAAAAAAAAAAAAAAAAAAAGAGG